AAGAGGACGGCCAUCUUCGUGAGGUCGCAGGCCUUUGUGAUGCCCAGACACUGCUCUGCUGUAGGUUGCAAGUCACGGGACACUAAAGAGGUUCGGAAAUCUGGAAUCUCUUUCCACAGGCUGCCAAAGAAAGGAAACCCUCGCCGAACAACAUGGAUUAUCAACUCCCGUCGCAAAGGCCCAGAGGGAAAAGGCCAGUGGGACCCUCAGAGUGGUUUCAUCUAUUUCUGCUCUAAACAUUUCACCCCUGAUAGCUUUGAACUCUCUGGAGUCAGUGGCUAUCGCAGGUUGAAGGAUGACGCAAUUCCCACAAUAUUUGAACUUCAGCUUCACGAAAGAGGCACUGCUGGAAAAUGUGGUACAAAACGGAGAGGCAGACCUCAGAAUUUGGACAAACAUAUCAGUGUCAAGAAUUCAACCAAUAACAAGGCCUCUGCGAGCAGGGAGCUCUUCAACAGUGAGACUGUUGUGCAGAAAGUAGCAGAUGAUGAAGGUGUUAGGACUUCUGAAGAUGGCAAAGGGGAAAAAAUACAAGGCCAGCCUUCAUUUGAGGCUGCUCAAACGCCUGUAGAGACAUCAAUGGACGAUCAGCCUGAGCCCUCUUCUCCUCAACCUUCUCCUCGUCCACCUUCUCCAUCCCGCUUCAUGAUGCGCCUCCCUCCACCUCCUGGGUUCUACUUGCCAAAAGAGCAUAACUACGCUCAGCUGUGCCCUCUAGUGUGGCGUAAACGCUACGACAAAGCCAUUGACAGCUUGGAAAAAGCUUUACGUCUUCUAAGUGCCGCCCGACGCCGAGAGAACCGGUUGCGUCAUGCGCUGCUCCGCCUCAGAGAGAACCGAAUUAAGAGCACCUUGUUUCGCAUGCGAGAUGGAGUGAAAGGAAAAGAGGGUCGAGGAGGUAGGGUUUCAAGCUGGGCUGCUCAAAAAGGACAGGCAGCAAAAGUGGACCGAGGUGACAGUCUCGAGGGAUUAGAGGAAACCGCAAAUGAAGGUGCAACUGAUGAUAUCGAUCUUUUGGCUGAGGGAUGGUACGGACAGGCACAGAUGAGGUCAAAAGUCACAACGGAAGAAGAGGAAGGAUGCUGUUUUUAUUGUGGAAGAGAUCCUGAAGGAAACAAAGUAAUGGGGUACAAAGAGGCGACUGUAGGACCCGAUGAGGCAAGGCCUAAGAGAACGCAGGAAGUCAAAAGGAAAGUCAAGGUGCCCAAGAUACUCAAAGAUCAAAGGUCAGACAACACAUGGGCUGAUGUGCCACCUGUUAAGCAGCAAAGCUACUACUUGUAUUACUGUGAGAGUGCAGAGAAUGAAGACCCGAUGCAAGUGCUCACAAUGGAAGUGCAACCCCAUGAGCAUAACUCAGAGGAAGAAGCUUCUCUUGAGCUUCAAGACAAUACUGAAACAAUCCAGCAACUUCCUCUAUUGCAACCACAAACUGAAAUGCACCCACAGAUGCAUUCUGUGUCUGAACCCAUACAAUACACAGCGACACUACAGGAUACUUCUGCCUCAUUCCAGCUGCAGCACGUCCAGAUGCUGCAGCCACACCAGGGACUGCUUCUCCCUGAGCUUGCUACAAAGGAAAAGGAUGAAACCGAAAUUGAGCAGGGAGGGGGGCAGCAGUUCUACUGGGUACAGGAGAGAGCAGAUGAUCAUGUCCUGCUGAUGCCAGUUCCUGCUGAAACAAGCGAAAGGAACAAAGUUGUUGUUGAGAAUGUGAUUGAAACUCAAGCAAUAUUGGAGAGAUUUCAGGUGAAGGCGAUCGAGGAAAGGGAUGGGUUGAACGUUAACUGUGAUUCCACAGUAUUGGCAACUCCAGGGUGGGGAAAUAGUCCUAUUACACUUCAGGCAAACUUGAGGCCCACAGCUAUGGGUGGAGAUGUCAGGGAGAGACUCAAAGAGCAUCUGGAAGGGUUUCAGUUGCAGCUUAGCAGUGAAUUUAUUGACUGAACUGCUUGGCAUCAAGUCUCAAUCUCAUUUCUCUUGUUAUAUUGCUAUUUGAUAUUUUAUUUUCCCCGUUCAAACAAAAUAACUAUUCAGUUUCAUAUUGUAUGGAGAAUACUUAUUUGAUUAAAAGAAAAUUAAUACAUUACUCUUUUAUUAGGAAAUGAUGAUUCAGUAACACACUUAAUACAUGUUUAUGUUGGGAGACACACACAAAGAGAGAGAGAGAGAGAGAGGAGGGAGAGAAGAACUUGCUUGCCAGCUCCUGGACACGCUGCCACCCGGUCCUCAACAGCUCCUCUGGCGAACGGCAGCGAGUCCUCUUGCCCUCUGGCGGACGGAACCGCUCCUCCCCUUCCCGGCAGAUGGUCGCAGUUCUUCCGGCUCUUGGAGGCCAGUAGUGACCCUUCCGUACCCAGGCAGACGGCCGCAGUUGCCCCCCGGUGGAUGGCAGCCGCGAGGACUCCGCAACGGUUUCGGCACCACUGUAACAGAUAAAAGAUGGGCAAAGAGGAGGUGGGAACUGGCUGAACAGUAAACAUUAAGUUUAAUGGUAAACUUAAAACCAACAUCAACAAACUUGCAGCAUGGCCGCGUGCGUCUCUCUCUCUCUCUCGAACCGGCGCCUCCGCCCACCCCUUAUUUUCGCUCUCCCGCUGAUCAGCUGAUUCAGUUUCGUCCGUGCUCCAUCACGGCCUGGCCACACAAUCCUCCUCAUCACAAAUACAUUAUGCAUUCCUUCAAAAAAUGUGUUGUUGAGAUUGACAAUAAAGAAUGGAGUGUUGACAACAGUUUUAUACAGUGUUGGACUGUACAGUAAUUUAAAUUUGGGAAAUGGUACUCUUGCCGAUUAAUGUGAUGGUGGUGUUUUUGUUGUGUGUUUUUUACAUAGUAGAGAAAAUACAUUUUCAAAAGGUUAUUUGAAGAAACCCAUUUUCUUCUUAAGUGUACUUUCUCUGUUGAAUGUCUUUUUACCAAUGUGCACUGCUGCUGCACAUUUAGAGCAGGAACAACGUAAUGGCACCGUUGUUAAACAAAAAGAACAUGAGGACUAAAUUGAAUUGGCAAUUGGGAAACCUGUCUCUUCAUGCUAUGAGGCAAAUACCGUUCCACUAAUACAGUGUUGCUCAGGGUUAUAAUGUAAAUAUUCUCAAGGCAACAUUUGUAGUUCUCAUCA